AUGAAUGUGGUGGGGAAGGUCGGGAGCUUGAUAUCACAGGGGGUAUACUCCGUUGCCACCCCAUUUCAUCCAUUCGGUGGAGCAGUUGACAUAAUUGUUGUUCAGCAGCAGGAUGGGACAUUUCGAAGCACGCCUUGGUAUGUGCGGUUUGGCAAGUUUCAGGGUGUUCUCAAAGGGGCGGAAAAGAUUGUUCGUGUAGCUGUUAAUGGCGUGGAGGCCAAUUUCCACAUGUAUCUUGACAAUUCAGGGGAGGCCUAUUUCGUCAGAGAGGUGGUCUCUGGUGAAGGCAGUCAUGCAAAUGGAGUUUUGAAGGGUUCUGAUGCUUUGGAAGGUUUAGACGAAGAUAGUUGUGCUAAUGGUAGUGACAUUGUCAAUUGCGGGAAAGAAAAUGUCAGUCUGAGUGAGCAGGGAGGCCCAAAUGAUGAGGUUCAGUUGGAAGAAGAACAUGUUUCACUGGGAGUCCACCGGCUUGCGAGGACAGAAUCUGAUAGUGACAGAAGGUUUUAUGAAUUUCAAGAUGACCAUUCUUCACUAGAUGGCUCUGUUGAUUUAUCAGAAUAUGGGUCCAAUUGCUAUGAGAGUUUGGAUGGGGUUGAACAUUAUGUGGAAUCGGACAAUUUGAAUUCAGGAGUGGUUUUGGUGAGCGUAGAUGGUCACGUACUGACAGCACCCAUCUCCUCAUCAGAAACGAAUGCUGAUGAUCUGCAAUUAAGCAUACCACAGUUUUGUCUGGGCCCAGGUCAGGGGACUGAGUUUUGUGAGGAGAAUGCGGGCUUUAGCACAGGUGAGGGGACUUGGGCUACUGACUAUUUCAGUGAUUUGAGUGCAUCUGCACCUGGAGUUCCAUUUGAAAAUAGUUGCAGUGUAAAUGAAUCUAGUAAUGCAUUUGGCCACAAGCUGGAAGUUUGUGAAGGAGAUAGAGAGCAUAUUUCUGAAGUUCAAGGAAAUGAAAAUAUUGAAGGAGGACAGCAAGAGAGUUGCGCUGAUGGUAAUCUGAAAGCUGCAUCAGUUGGUGCAAGGAAGGAAGAUAUUUUCAAGAGCUGUAUAGAAUUGACAGCAUUGGCCGUGCAGGAUGGAAAUGCCAACCAACAAGAUGUUGACUCCAGAUUGGAGACUCUUGAAAUUGCAGAUGAUUCACAAGACAUGUCCCCUUGUUGUCGACCUGCCAAUGAAACUGAAGAUGGAGAUGCCGGCAAAUCAAAGGAUGGUGAAGGCCCAAGUCCUAAUUCUAGUCUUCCUGCCAUGGUAGCACCUACAGAUUUAGAAGUCCAGGUUGAAUGUGCGGAGGAAAAAGCAAGUACGGGUCAUAAGAGUGCUGAGAACAUCUGUGCUCAGUCUGCUAGUAACAAUGAAGAUCUAGAGGAACACGUCAAUGACGCACCAAAACUUGAAGGAGUACAUUGUAGCCCACAAGGUUCUCCACCUGACAAUGAAUCUAAUAAAGGUGGCAUUGUGGAACAUCACCCAGCAGCUUCAGGUUAUGUUAUCAACACUGAUUCAAGGCUUCAGAUCUCUCUUUGUGGGAAAUUGCUUCAUGCUGGUAUGGGUUCGAAUGCUGCUGCUGAAGUAUUUGAUGCACAUCGCAUAUCUGAGGAGGCAUUCAAACAUUCUGCAGCAUCAAUCAUCAAGAACGAAAACUUAGUCAUUAGAUAUCAAGAUAGGUACUUGCCAUGGGAUAAAGCUGCUCAUAUUGUACUUGGAGUGGCUGCGUACGGUUUAGAUUUACCUGUUGAUCCCAAGGAUGCAAUUGCUGUGGAACAAGAUAAGACACCAAAAGCAAGUGAUGAUGGUUCUGGAAUCACUGACACCCCUACCGGGCGCAGAUGGAGACUCUGGCCCAUUCCGUUUCGAAAGGUUAAAAUUCUCGAGCACAACAGCAGUAAUGUGUCUAGUGACGAGGUGUUCCUUGAUACUGAAUCUUACUCACCGAACCAACAUGUUGAACUGAGUCCAUUAUCAACUGGUGGCUAUGAAACCCCUCGCAAACAACUUAUUAGGACUAAUGUCCCUGAUACGGAGCAAAUUGCAUCUCUGAACCUGAAAGAAGGACAAAAUAUGGUUACUUUUAGUUUUUCUACCAGAGUCCUAGGAAUGCAAAAGGUUGAUGCUCAUAUUUACUUGUGGAAGUGGAAUGCAAGAAUAGUAAUUUCAGAUGUUGACGGGACAAUUACAAAGUCUGAUGUCCUUGGUCAGUUCAUGCCUUUGGUUGGAAAGGAUUGGACACAAUCUGGGGUAGCUCGGCUGUUCUCUGCAAUUAAGGAAAAUGGGUAUCAACUACUUUUCUUGAGUGCGCGUGCAAUUGUUCAAGCAUAUCUAACUAGAAGCUUUUUACUUAACCUUAAACAGGACGGAAAAGCUCUUCCCAGUGGGCCUAUUGUUAUUUCACCUGAUGGCCUAUUUCCUUCACUGUAUCGAGAAGUGAUAAGGAGAGCACCUCACGAGUUCAAGAUUGCUUGUUUAGAGGAUAUUAAAGCAUUAUUUCCUCCUGACUACAAUCCAUUCUAUGCGGGCUUCGGGAACAGGGACACUGACGAACUCAGUUACAGAAAAAUGGGGAUUCCAAAGGGCAAAAUCUUUAUCAUUAAUCCUAAGGGCGAGGUGGCCAACUGUCAGCAUCGCAUGGAUGUGAAGACAUAUACAUCCUUACAUACACUGGUCAAUGACAUGUUCCCUCCGACUUCAAUGGUUGAGCAGGAAGACUACAAUUCAUGGAAUUACUGGAAAAUGCCGCUCCCAGAUGUUGAGUUGUAGCUCCUGGAAGGAAGACACGACCUGGCUACAGCUUGCUUAGAUUGGGUUACGGAGGCAUUCUCUACCCGCAUUACAUACACCAUUUAUUCCCCAAACAUAUAUAAUCCCGGAAUGAAGGCUAAGAUGCUCAUCAUUUAUAAUUUUUCAUUUUUGCCUUUUUUUUUUUUAACUUGCCAGCCACGCCACCCUGAUGUAAAAUUGUAAACCAUUCAACUUGUACCCACCCAGAAAGGACAUGGACCAUACAGCUUUCUUAGGAAAUAAAACUUAUUUUGUUAUUUUCACGGAAUGUCAAAGGUCACGCUUUCUUUCUCGCGAUUUCCCAUA